AUGGAUUUCGUCAAGAAGGCCGCCGAUAAGAUGGGCAGCAGCAACCAGCAGCAGCCUGCUCAGGGAGGCCAGCCUGCCGCAGGAGGACAGCAGGACUAUGUCGACAAGGCCUUUGGCCAAGUCAACAAGAAGGAGGGAUGGAACUUGAGCCAGGAUAAGCAGGAGAAGAUCACUGAUGGUGGCCGUGAAGCCUACGAGAAGAUUACUGGAAACAAAGUGAACCCCAAGAUCUCCAACUAG